UGAUUAUAAAGGUGUAUGCCAUCCCAUAUUGCACUUGCCCAAGAAGGUCAUUGCAGGCCUGGAGAGGUCCUCCUAGGAACAGACUCCCACACAUGUACUACAGGAGCACUUGGCCAGUUCGCUACUGGAAUUGGACUUACUGAUGCAGGUUUUGUGCUCGGCACUGGAAAGCUUUUGCUUAAGGUGCCUUCAACUCUUAGAUUUGUGAUGGAUGGUGAAAUGCCAAAUUAUCUGCUUGCGAAGGAUUUGAUUUUGCAGAGUAUUGGUGAGAUAUCUAUGUCUGGUGCAACUUACAAAGCAAUGGAGUUCGUUGGCACCACUGUUGAAAGUUUAACUAUGGAAGAAAGGAUGACCUUAUGCAACAUGGUUAUUGAAGCGGGGGGAAAGAAUGGUGUCGUACCAGCUGAUAGUACUACAUAUAAGUAUCUCGAGGAUAAGACAUCUGUGCCCUAUGAAGCAGUUUACAGUGAUGAGCAAGCCAGAUUUGUUUCAGAAUAUAGAUUUGAUGUCUCGAAACUGGAGCCAUUAGUGGCAAAGCCUCAUUCUCCUGAUAAUCGUGCUCUAGCAAGGGAAUGCAAAGAUGUGAAAAUUGAUAGAGUUUAUAUUGGAUCUUGUAUUGGAGGAAAAACUGAAGAUUUUCUUGCUGCAGCCAAAGUUUUCCUAGCUUCAGGCAAGAAGGUCAAAGUUCCCACUUUUCUUGUUCCUGCUACCCAAAAGGUGUGGAUGGACGUAUAUAGUCUACCGGUUCCAGGAUCUGGUGGCAAGACCUGCUCCCAGAUAUUUGAGGAAGCUGGUUGUGAUACACCUGCGAGUCCUACUUGCGGUGCUUGCAUGGGUGGCCCUAGAGACACUUACGCACGCUUGAAUGAGCCUCAGGUCUGUGUCUCGACAACAAAUAGAAACUUCCCUGGUCGGAUGGGACACAAAGAAGGCCAAAUUUAUCUGGCUUCUCCAUACACAGCAGCAGCAUCUGCUUUGACUGGCUUUGUCACUGAUCCAAGAGAGUUUUUGCAGUAGGCCAUGAAACACCUGUUGAUAUGAUUACUCUGUACUCCAUGCUCCUUGAACUUCCACUGAUGGGCCGAAGCCAAAUAUCAGGUUCAGUUUAUAUGAUACCCAAAAGCCUUUUUGUACGUUUAGGUUGUGAAGAAGUGUGUGUGUUUGUUUUUUUUGAAAAAACUUUGUGGGGGAUGAUAGUAGUAUAUCUUUACUGGUUAAAUUAAUGAGACGCAAGACAUUUUUGUGCAACUCUAUGCUGUAAUAUAACUUUAUGAUUCUAUGUUGUAAUGUUGAAGAUAAAUGUUUGUGUAAUAAAUUGCUCGAGUGCUGAGCCAUAGGCUGUUGCA